AUGAGUUUGCGGGGUGUGCAGCUGGGUCUACGUGUGUGGGAGUUCGUAUGGACUCUCCUCAUUAUGUCCCUGGUCGGUAACAUGAUCAACGAGGCCUUCGCCGGUAAUCCUAGCUCCGUGAACUAUACAAUGUUCCUGUCGGCAUUCUCCAUGCUUUCCCUCAUCUACUUGGUCCCCGCGUCGUUUAACCUGGACUGGGCUCUCCACCCAAUUAUCAUGCUCGGAGUUGAUGUGCUCAACACCAUUUUCUUCUUCUGCGCUGCGAUCGCGCUCGCUGCGAAGUUGGGAGCGCACUCUUGUGGUAACUCGUCCUACACUAGCAGCAACGAAAUUACCAACGGCUCUCACAACCCCUCGAAGCGCUGUAAGGAGGCUCAAGCGGUGACUGCCUUCCUAUGGUUCGGCUGGGCUGGAUAUAUGGCCUCGACUGUUGUUUCGGUGCUCCUGUCUCGCUCAUCGACUGUGAACAUGCGCGGCCGCAGCGGAAGUGCCCGUCGCCCUGCUCGUCCCAGCAUGUCCCAGGUUUAA